AUGGCAGCCAUGGACGACUCCUUCCGCCGCCUCCAGGAGGCCGCCGCUGCCGGCGCCGGGUCGCUCGGCGCUGGCUCGGGCUCAAACGACCAAACGAUGGAGUACAUGCUCCUGGCGACCGCCGCCUGCUACCUCGGCGUCUUUGCGCUGCUGGGAGUCUGCGCGUUCACCUCGCGCCGCGAGCGCCAGCCGCCCGAGCUUCCUCUGCGUGCGCCGCAGUUCCAGGACUCGGGGGAGCAGCCCUUCAACAAGACGCCCGUCGCGGACCUGGACAUGGUUUGGCGAAAGGCCUUCUUGCGCAAGGUGUACGCGAUUCUCGGAGUGCAGCUCCUCACGACGACGGCGCUGGUCGCGACGAUGAUGAUGAAGGGAGGCGCCGACCUGAUCACGUGGGUGCAGUCGGAGGGACGCUGGACGAUGUGGACCGCGAUGAUCGGCUCCUUCGUCUCGCUCUUCGGCCUGCAGUGCGUGAGGCACAGGACGCCGCACAACAUGCUCGUGCUCGGCGCCUUCACGCU